AUGGAGACACAAUUAGGUCAGAUUGCUGAUGCUUUGAGUCAAAGAGAACCCGGGAAAUUUCCAAGCCAACCGGUGAUACAUCAAAGGAACCAAGAGCAGGCCAAAGCAGUCAUAACACUUAGAAGUGGUAAGGUUAUUAAUAAUAGAGUUGGCAAUGAAGUUACUAAUGAAUCUGAUCAUGUGAAUGCAGGCCCCACUCAAGAAGAGCAUGAGAAACCGAAUGAAGAUCCAAGCAAUGCCACUUCUUCGUAUGAAGCUCCAAAUUUUCACAAGGCUGAAAAACCUUACACUCCUCUAAUCCCAUUUCCUGGAAGACUUGCCAAAAGCAAGCAGGAGAAGUCAUUUAAAGAAAUUUUUGAUAUUUUAAGUAAAGUGAAUGUUAAUUUACCUUUGCUUGAUGUCAUUAGGAAUAUGCCAGCAUAUGAGAAAUUUUUCAAGGAGCUAAACACUUAUAAGAGGAAGUAUGGACCUAAUGAAAAGGUGAUGGUGUCUGAAAAUGUGAGUGUUGUGCUUCAAAGAAAGCUCCCACCAAAACUCAAGGAUCCGGGCAGUUUUUCUAUCAAUAUCACCAUUGGAGACAAGCUAGUUGAAAAGGCUAUGCUUGACUUGGGGGCGAGCAUCAAUUUAAUGCCCUAUUCAGUGUACCUUCAAUUAGGUUUGGGGGGUUUGAAGGCAACAACUAUUUCAUUGCAACUUGCCGAUCGAUUAGUGAAAUAUCCAAGAGGUAUAGUGGAAGAUAUCUUAGUUCAAGUUGACAAACUAAUUUUGCCUGCUGAUUUUGUAGUGUUGGACAUGGAAGAGGCUCCUAUACAUGAUCGUGAGUUACCUAUUUUGCUUGGGAGACCCUUUAUGGCCACGACAAAGACUAUCAUAGAUGUGCAAAAUGGUCUCCUCACCAUGACUGUGCUAGGAGAAACUGUACAAUUCAAAGUGUUUGAAUCUCUUUCUCACCCUUCUAGUUCACUUGAUUGUUGUUCGAUUGAUGUGCUUGAUUCACUUGUUUUCUCUAAGUUUUUGCUGGCACAAUCCAAUGAUCCAUUACAAUAUGUUUUGAGUCAAUCUCAAGAUGAAUUUGAUGAAGAAGUGCUCAUGGAGAUGGUGGCAGCCUUGGAAGCAUUAAAACCAUAUCCCUCCACUUUUUCACCUCUUAUAGAGCCAUUAGGACCAUCUGCCACACAUCUGACCCCUUCUGUUGUUAAACCUCCAAAACUUGAGCUUAAACCACUUCCAUCACAUCUAAAAUAUGCUUACCUAGCUGAGUUUGAAACUCUCCCAGUUAUCAUAGCAUCUGACCUCACCCCUUUGGAAGAAGAGAAGCUAAUUAGGGUGCUAAAAGAGUUCAAAUCAGCCAUUGGUUGGUCUAUUGCAGAUAUCAAGGGAAUAAGCCCUACCAUGUGCAUGCAUCGAAUUUUAUUGGAGGAGGGAGCGAAACCAACUCGUGAACCACAAAGAAGGCUCAAUCCACACAUGAAGGAAGUAGUGAGAGCUGAAGUGUUGAAGUUGCUAGAUGUGGGUAUCAUAUACCCGAUUUCAGAUAGCAAAUGGGUCAGCGCUGUUCAUGUAGUGCCUAAGAGGAUUGGAAUCACAGUGGUAAAAAAUGAGCAUAAAGUGCUUGUUCAAAUGAGACCUGCAGCUAGUUGGCGUGUUUGCACCGAUUACAGGAAGUUGAAUUCGUACACUAGAAAAGAUUAUUUUCCUAUGCCUUUUAUUGAUCAAAUGCUUGAGCGAUUAGCUGGUCACGCAUAUUAUUGUUUUCUUGAUGGAUAUUCAGGUUAUAAUCAAAUUGUGAUUGCUCCAGAAGAUCAAGAGAAGACUACAUUUACCUGUCCUUUUGGCACUUUUGCAUAUAGGAGGAUGUCGUUUGGCCUUUGCAAUGCCCCAGCAACAUUCCAACGAUGUAUGCUGGCAAUCUUUUCAAAUAUGAUUGAGAGAUUUAUUGAGGUAUUCAUGGACGAUUUUUCAGUUUUUGGUUCUUCUUUUGAUACUUGUCUUAACCAUCUCUCUCUAGUGCUUCAAAGAUGUCAGGAAACAAAUUUGAUUCUCAAUUGGGAAAAGUGUCAAUUUAUGGUGAAACAAGGUGUUGUGUUGGGGCAUGUAAUAUCCAGCAAGGGUACUGAAGUUGACAAAGCAAAAAUUGACAUCAUCUCAAAUAUGGCAGCCCCUACUUCAGUGAAGGGAGUGAGAAGCUUUCUAGGACAUGCUGGUUUUUAUCGUCGUUUCAUUAAGGAUUUUUCCAAGAUCACUCAUCCAUUGUGCAAUCUUUUGGCCAAAGAUAUUGUCUUUCACUUUGAUGAAGAUUGUAUGAAUGCAUUUAGUACCUUGAAACGUGAACUAACCUCUGCUCCUAUCAUUAUGGAACCAGAUUGGUCUUUGCCUUUUGAGCUAAUGUGUGACGCCUCUGACUAUGCUAUUGGUGCUGUUUUAGGUCAAAGAGUAAAUAAGCUGCCACACGUAAUCUACUAUGCAAGUCAGAUAUUAAAUGAUGCUCAACUCAAUUACUCUACAACUGAGAAGGAGUUGCUUGCUGUUGUUUUCGCUUUAGAGAAAUUUCGUUCAUAUCUUGUUGGCUCUAAAGUUGUUGUUUACUCUGAUCAUGCGGCACUUAGGUUUUUGUUGACCAAGAAAGAUGCUAAACCACGUUUGAUCAGAUGGAUACUCUUGUUACAAGAGUUUGAUCUAGAAAUUCGAGACAAGAAAGGGAGUGAAAAUGUUGUUGCUGAUCACUUGUCGCGCCUUGUUGAUGAAAACCAUGGAGAUGGACAAAUUUUGCCUCUCAACGAAUCAUUCCCAGAUGAAAAACUCUUUGUCAUCCAAGAUAAAGAGCCAUGGUAUGCUGAUUUUGUCAAUUAUCUUGCUUCUGGUGUAAUUAGAGAUGAUUUGACUUUUCAGGAGAGAAAGAAGUUCUUUUCAAUGGUGAAACACUACAUGUGGGAUGAGCCCUAUUUGUUCAAGUAUUGCCCUGACCAAAUCAUUUGA